AUGUCUCCAAGAUAUGAUGAAGCGCCCGAAGUGGCACCACACAACUAUCCUGAGGUCCAUUAUCCGCCAGCGGCGCCAGAAGUCGCGGCAUAUAAUCAACACCAAACUCAACCUCAACCUCAACCUCAUCAAUAUCCUCAACACAACUAUCAUACACCACCGGCAGUGACACCAAUAAAACCAUCCCCAGAUUCAGCAACAAUACACUCAGCAGCCUACACACCGAGGGCCGCGCACCCCGCUCCGUCGACGACAACCGGAUACGACAACCGGUCAGCCUAUGGCACGUUACCGUCGGAACGCGGCGCAAAGAUGUCGAAACGAGUGUGCGGCUGCCCGGUACUAGUCUUCGUUCUGUCCGUCAUCAUCGCCUUGCUGUCGGCGGCUGUGAUAGGGUUGGCCGCAGGGACUGGAAUCGAAGCGAGCCGGGCAAAUACCGCGGAAAUGAAAUUAGCCUCAGCGAACACAUCGGGAAGCGCAACCCCCACGAGUACGGCCUCGUCGCCAACCGCAACGGCGUCGAACUUCAACGCCAUCGAUCGGAACUGCUCUACCGACUCGGACAGCGUAACGGGGACGACUUACACGUCUCAAUUCUAUGGCAAGCCCACCUUCAAAGUCUACUGCAACAGCGACACACCAAACGGUCCACUUGCAUCAUUAUUUGUUGGCAACUUCGACGACUGUAUAGACGCCUGUGCCUCCUGGUCUUCCUACGUACCGGGCGACUUCCCCGACAACUCCACGUCGAUAAACGCCACUUGCUCCGGCGUGAGUUUCAUCCCAGCAUGGACAAAUCGAACAUUUGCGGUAGAAGGCAGUGCGCCCGGCAAUUGCUACCUCAAGCCAGGACCGCAGAGCACGAACAAGCUGACGACUCCCAAUAUCGGAUCCGAAGUCCACGGCGCAAUAUUGCAGACGGGAUCAUAA